UCAUUAUCUUCUAUCCCUUUAAUAUGUCGGUCUGUAGUUAGUUCUCUGCCAAACCACCGGUGAGACUUAUGGCGGAGUUUUUACUGUUUUUCCUCCAUCGGGCUUAAAUACCACGACUCCUCUGAUGGGCCUGGGCUCAGCACGAGGUGUAACACCCGCACAAAGUUCUUCUUUUAGGCUCCUGGGUGGGUUAGUGCCAGUAAACGUUAGGCUAGCUAACUCGCCUAGCAUGUGCUAACCCUAAGCUGAUAAAGUGAAGGGUGGUCGGCUGCUCGGUUCACGCUUCGUCUUUUCCAUGUGUUGGUGUUGACCAAGUGUUUUAUUGUUUUUCUACAUCCACACAAGUACCGGUUGUUACAGCCCUGCGCCGGCUGACGUGGUCGGUUAGCCAGUUGCUAACGACCCAGGCUCCUGCUGUUUGAGACACUUCGCUUUCCUAUACCUGCCGACAAAAAUGGAUUUCGACAACAUAUUGGAUAUCGCCUCGGCGAACCAGGGACUCAGCAACGUAAAGAAGAGAUACAGUUUACAAGCUGGACCACCCAAAAAGGACCCGAGGUCGAGAGGUGUAAAUCCGGCUGCUGUGCAGGCGCUUCUGAAGAAGCAGCAAGUUGAUACCAAAAAGAAAGAAAUUAGAAUGAAGACAGAGAAGGAGAAACUAAACGCCAAGAGGGUCGAGCUGAAGUCAGACAGGAAAGCGAGAGCGAUGGCUUCCAGAACCAAGGACAAUUUUAGAGGCUACAAUGGCAUCCCGAUGGUCGAGCUUCCAAAGAAACGAAGAUCUAAACACGAGAUGGAGGACGAGAGAUCAACGGAUGCACAAGGAUUUAGGAACGACGCGGUUGACCCAGAGGAUGAGGAUAACUAUGAGUAUGAACAGACUGAUUCGGAACCUGAGCCUGAGCCAGAGCCGCUGAGACCAGUGAGGCCCACAGGUGUUAGUGGGGGUAGCAGUGGUAGUAGCAGCAAGUCCUCCUCUAAAAAAACCAAGUCGGCUCCACCUCCGUUGAACUUUGCGGACUUACUCAAGUUGGCAGAGAAGAAACAGUUUGAGCCAGUUGAUCUCAAACCCAAGUCAGCGAAAAAAGAUGAUCGACUACGCACGGCUGAUGAGAUAAGGGAACUAGAGAUGGAGCGCAAGGCCAAGAGACCAGAAAAAACCAGAGACCCGUAUGAGGAGAGGGAGAGAGAUGGCAAGUCUCAAUCCAGCUCCAGUUCAACCAGGACAAGCACUUUAGAGAAGGAGCAGAAGAACGGCAAAGCGCAAAAGAACUCAUUAGAAAAACAAAGUCUGCACUCUGGGUCAGUGAAAAAGUUGCAAAGCGACAGAAGCCACUCGUCUUCUAAGUCCUCUGUAAGAGACAGAGAUAGAGAGAGACCCAACACAUCCCACAGUGAUAGAGACAGAUCCAAGACCAGUUCGAGUAGUUCGUCUGGUGCCACAAGCAGUCGAGUUCUUUCAAAAACUUCUUCUCAGGGUUUAUCCAAACACGGGGCCCCCAAGCCCUCGUCCAGCCACAAAUCCAGCACCUCAAGUGACCUUAGCAACAGAAAAGAAAGCUCGUCAUCACUUCAAGGAAGAGCUUCAGGGAAUCCUGGGACCAGACCUUCUGGUACAGCUUUAACAGGCCAAAAAUCUCAACAAGGGACCUCCCAGCAGACCAGGCCCAGUCAGGGUAGCUCUAUGAAACAGGGAGCGGCAGUUGGAGGCCACAGGUCCGGAAAGGGUGAACCAAUAAAGACCGGAAUUAAUUCUGCAGUAAAAUCUAACGGUAAUUCAGUGAUGAGGAAUUCAUCAGGCGGCCCUCCUAAGGCAGGGAGCCAACCUCAGCAAAGGCCUGGAGGCACAUUCCAGGCAAGAAGUGGUGGCCCACAAGUGAGGCCUGGUGGGAGUGGUGGGCGGGGUUACCCUGGAGGUAAUGGAACCAGACCUCUGGGGCCUGGAAGCGGCCGACCUGGUAGUGGCGGACCUGGGCCUGGAAACGGUCGACCUGGUCCUGGAAGCGGUCGACCUGGUAUUGGGGGACCAGGGCCUGGAAGCGGUCGACCUGGUAGUGGGGGACCAGGGCCUGGAAGCGGUCGACCUGGUAGUGGGGGACCAGGUCCUGGAAGCGGUCGACCUGGUACUGGGGGACCAGGUCCUGGACGUUUGACAGAUAUGAGGGAAUCCGGACCUGGAAGACCAACGUGCACUGUGGUGUCAGAGACCAUUUCAUCCAAGAAUUUUGGUGGACCCAGACCAGGAGUCCCUCCUCGACCAGGCAUGCCACAGAGACCUGGGAUGCCACAGAGACCUGGGAUGAACAGACCACCAGGUACAAUGUUGCCACCUAUCACAUCUGCUUAUAAGCGACAAUAUGAUGACGAGGAAGACGAGUACGACUCAGAAAUGGACGAUUUUAUUGAUGAUGAAGGCAACGAACCAAACGAAAUUUCCAGGCACAUAAAGGAGAUCUUUGGAUAUGAUCGAAACAAAUACAAGGAUGAGAGUGACUACGCCCUUAAAUUUAUGGAGAGCAGCUGGAAAGAUAUGCAGAAAGAAGAGGCCAGGAGCCUGAAGAUGGCUGUGCUGGAGGAUCAGGAGGAGGAGAAAAAAGAGGAAGAGGAGCUGAAAAGGAGAAACGCUAAGAGGCCAAGAAAGAUCUGAAGACCCUGAAUAAAUUAAUAUUAUUAAAAAAACCCUGUGCAUCUGGAACCAUGGAGCAAUGGGUCUGCCAUCUUAACUCACGAAGCCCUGAGAUUGUUUACACCCUGGCGUCCAUUGCUCUGUGCCGGGUUCUCUCUUGUCCGGACAAAAACCUGAGUGGACGAAUGACAUUGCCUCAAGAGGAAGAGACAAAUUGUAUUCAGAGACAACCUGACAGGUUGAAGGUCGGGGGGGGGGGGGGGUCCUAUUCACAAAUCAGUCAACCAUGAGGUUGUUUGGAUAUAAGGAAAAGUUCUCAAAUAUUCCCUGUUACAUUAUUUAUUAAGCAGGGUUCAUUCCUAAAAGGAUCAAAGCUACAAAGAGAGAAAUCGAUAUGGAAGUGUGAUCUGUUUUUUCCCUAAAGACUGUCAAUGGCAUUGAAUGCCAAGUGGUGAGGAUUUGCUAUUUUUGAGCAGAACACUUUGUGCAUAUUUUUCCAGGUAAACUUUGUUGGUAAAGUUAAUUUGAAUAUGCAGAAAACCACUGAACGUGUUGUGUGUGUUUCUCUUUAAAAAAGGAUUUGAUCAUAAGGAAAAUCAAUGCAUCGUGGGUUUUAUUUAAACGUCUUAAGUUUUACGUCAAAUGUUAAUCUCAGAAAAUAUAUAUAAAGAAUUUAGAUUCUACAGAAAGUGUAACUUUGAGAAAAUUGUAUUUUUUUAGAUUUCCGAGAAAGCAAUGAUACAUUUCUCCGUAUAUAUAAAUAUAUAUAAUGUGUUGGA